AUGCCCAAAGCUUUUCUCAUCCGUAAGAAGGCGUCGGGACGGGACCACUGGAGACCCGUCACACCACCGCCCAGUCCUGAUGAAGAAGACAUCCUCCACACCAGGGAUUUACCAAAAGAAGAUGGAAUUAACACAAAUAAGUUGAUGAGAGAAUCGCCUCUUAAGAUCGACCACUCGUCCAAUCAUGCAUUCAGUCCAUCAUAUAGUGGUGUCAUAUUGUCAUCGCCUUCCAGUUGUUGCACCAGUGAUAGUGACAACGAUUUCAGAGGCUUUCAAUCCGAUAAUAAAAGAGCAACUCUUGAAAGAGAGGAAAAUCACAGCACGAAAACAGUCUCUCCUGUCAGAAGAGUAUCCGUUAUUCACACCACACAUAAGCCCUCGUCUGUCGUCGAAUCGGCUGAAGAAGACUUGGACUCGCCUAUAGACCUGCCUAUACCGCCCGUACAGAUCAUUGCACAACGACUGGGACUACCAGUCCAUGUGAUCGGCUCAUUAGAGUUCGUGAACGGCGGACACGGCAUCAAAAACCCAUUGAUUGUGAGCAGCGGUCACCACACGAAGGGCUCACAAGUGAUCCCAGAGCGGGAGCGGGAGAUCGAAGAUCCACUCAAGUGUCAGGUCUGCGGAAAACGGUUCACUUUAGCGCGACUUCUGAACCGACAUCUCAAAUGUCACUCAGACGUCAAACGCUAUUUGUGUACAUUUUGUGGCAAAGGAUUCAACGAUACCUUCGACUUGAAGAGACACACCCGAACCCACACCGGUGUGCGUCCCUAUCGGUGCAACUUUUGUGAUAAGUCUUUUACACAGAGAUGUUCUCUGGAAUCGCAUACUCUGAAAGUGCACGGAAUUGCACACGAAUAUGGGUAUAAGGAGCGCAGGAAUAAGGUGUACGUCUGCGAGGAAUGCGGCAAUACUACAAACCAACCCGAGACUCAUUACAUGCAUCUGAAAUGCCAUCACCCGUACAGUCCAGCGUUGGCCAAGUUUUACGACAAAAGACAUUUCAAGUUCAAUGACAACGACUUUCCAUUCAAAGAAUAA